AUGAUAAAUAUCGGGCUCAUUUCGGUCUUGAAAAUCCUCUCUCUUCUGGUUUUGGCCAGUUUGAGUAAGGGCUUACAGAGAGCGCCUCGUAUUAUUACAUUAUUGGAGACAGUGGACGUACUACUGGAUCACAAUGCAACCUUCAUCUGUGAGGUAGAAUCCCGACCUUCAGCAGACAUCACAUGGACCAAGAAUAACCAACUAAUAAUGUAUUAUGACCCCCGGUACCUUACCCGAGAGCAGGGACAAAUGCUUCUUAUCCCUCACGUAAGAGAGAAUGACAAUGGAGAGUACUGCUGCCUCGCCAGUAACGGUAUUGGCGAGCCAGCAAAGAGCUGUGGAGCGCUACAGUUAAAAAUGAAGCCACAAAUCAAGCGCCAUCCAACAAAUGUGACCCUUUUGGUUGAGUCCAAAGCAGUAUUGCCAUGUGUUUCCCUUGGUAACCCAAAACCUGACAUCACUUGGCUUAAAGAUGAUGAGCUUAUUAAGGUCAGUGACCGUGUCAAUAUUCUUGACUAUGGUGCACUUAAGAUCAACUCUAUUCAGAAGGAAGAUGCAGGACAGUAUCGAUGUGUAGCGAGAAAUAGUUUUGGUUUGGCAUUUUCCAAGCCUGCCACCAUUGAAGUACAAGCUCCAGCCCGAAUCCUGAGAGUUCCCAAGGAGAAGAGAGUUGUGUACGGCAGCCAAAUAUCUCUGGAGUGUAAUGCCACUGGAAAUCCGAUCCCCACCAUCACCUGGUUAGAAAAUGGGAAUACUAUUUCAGGUGCAUCAGUCGAUGAGACCCUGGUGGGGGAAGUGGUUUUGUCGGUUCUGAAGGUAACAGUCAAUAAGCCAGCUCUUUACACAUGCUUGGCCUCGAACAGACACAGUGCAGGUGCCAACACUGUCAAAGCAACCGCGAGAGUGACUGUUGCAGAAUGGAGACUCUACAAGGGCGUCGCAGGCUUCUGCAGUGCGUAUCGUGGGGAAGUGUGCCGCACAAUUUUACGGGAAGAUUCACUGGUUUUCUUCAACACCUCCAUCUCUGAACCUGAGGACAUGCAAGAGUACUUGGUUCAGAGCUGGUGGACAGAAUUAGAAGGACUCGGUAUACCAUGUGGCCCUGCUGUGCGUUCACUUUUCUGCCAUAAUGCCUUCCCUGACUGUAACCCAUCAGGGCUGGGACCUGCACCAAAACCUGUCUGCAGAGAGCAUUGCCUUGCAGUGAAGGAGUUGUAUUGUCACAAGGAGUGGUUGAUGCUAGAGGGCAACGUGCCCGUCCAGACUGGACUCUACGGUUCUACCACAAACUCCGGCAACCCCCGUUUGCCACUCCCCAAAUGUCAAACUUUACCCAGUGUCCAUUCAGACCCUGAGGCUUGUAUGCGCGUUCCUUUUGUGGACAUGAAGACAGAUCAAAUAACAACAACAUGUUACCAUGACAGAGGGCGUUUUUACCAGGGUGGCAUGAAUGUGACAAGGUCAGGGAUACCAUGUCAGCCGUGGGACCAACAGGUUCCUCACCAGCACCGGUUGUCUGUGGAUGCAAUUCUGGAAUUAAAAAACUCUGAGAACAACUGCAGAAACCCAGCAGGAAUCAGCGAUAAGCCAUGGUGCUACACCUCAAACCCUAACAUACGCUGGGAGUACUGUGAUGUACCACAGUGUGGGGAAACAGGCAGAGGCACAGACUAUGUGUCAGUGGUGAAGCAAGAUCCAGCAGGCCCUCGUCACCUCCCUCCCACGACCGCAUCAUCUCCAGCAUACUCCAUGUCUGUCAUUGUUAUCAUUCUGUCUGUACUCGCGACCGCGGUCUUCCUCACCAUCGUGAUCCUCGCAUGUCGCCGGCGCAGGAAACAGUGGCGACAACAGGAGCGGGCAAUGGAGACCCCAACAAUGACCGCCCUUCCUUCAGAGCUCCUGUUGGAUCGACUUCACCCAAAUCCCAUGUACCAGAGGGUUCCUCUGCUUCUCAACUCCAAGCUGAUGGCGCUUGAAUAUCCCAGGAAUAAUAUCCAAUAUGUUCGAGAUAUUGGAGAGGGAGCCUUUGGGAGAGUUUUCCAAGCAAGAGCCCCAGGCUUGCUACCGAUUGAACCUUUCACGAUGGUUGCUGUGAAGAUGCUCAAGGAAGAAGCCUCAGCGGACAUGCAAAAUGAUUUCCAAAGAGAGGCAGCGCUCAUGGCUGAAUUCGACCAUAUCAACAUUGUGCGACUUCUAGGUGUAUGUGCAGUGGGUAAACCUAUGUGCCUGAUGUUUGAGUAUAUGGCCCACGGUGACCUCAAUGAGUUCCUGCGACGUCGAUCGCCAACACAAUCUGUGAGAACGCUCAGCCGUGCGAGCCUAUCGGGUCGCAGUUUUUCUUCAGAGAUGGAAGCAGGGCCCCUCUCUUGCACCGAGCAGUUGUCAGUGUCCAAACAGAUUGCUGCAGGGAUGGCCUACCUAUCAGAGCGCAAGUUUGUCCAUCGAGACCUUGCAACGAGAAAUUGCCUGGUUGGGGAGGAAAUGGUGGUGAAGAUUGCAGACUUUGGCCUCUCCAGAAACAUAUACUCAGCUGAUUACUACAAAGCCAAUGAGAAUGACGCCAUACCGAUUCGCUGGAUGCCCCCAGAGUCCAUUUUCUAUAACCGUUACACCACUGAAUCAGAUGUUUGGGCCUAUGGCGUAGUGUUAUGGGAGAUCUUCUCCCACGGCAUGCAGCCAUACUAUGGCAUGGGACAUGAGGAAGUCAUUUACUAUGUCAGGGAUGGUCAUAUCCUUUCCUGCCCUGAGAACUGCCCUCUGGAGUUAUAUAAUCUAAUGAGGCUUUGUUGGAGCACACACCCAUCCGAUCGGCCUAGCUUCAGCAGUAUACAUCGAAUUCUGGAGCGGAUGCAUCAUAACAUGCAGGGUGCCAAUGCUGACCCUGAGGCUGACUGUUAAUGUUUUUAUAUCGCCAACAAACCAUUAGAAUGGGAUACUAUUUCCCACCAAGACACUAAAUGACUUCUGACACAUAUUUUAAGGUUAUACCAGUCAUUUACUGAACAAGACACUAAACACCUAUUUCAAAUUUGUUCACUGUUUGUGAUGAAAUGUAUGACAAAUUUUAUUUUAAUUUAAUUUUAUUAGACUCCAAUAACUAAGGUGCACAAGUUCCAAAUAUUAUGAAUUCCUGACAAGAAAUCCCAACGACAGUACAUGAAACAGAAACAAACAUUCACAUUUUGUUAAAGCAAAGUGUUUCUGACAUCUCAGUUCCUACCUUUCAAAUUUUUAAAGUAAUUCCACAUUGAGUUUGUUCCUGUGAUGCCUGGUCAGUCAGCGUGGUAAUGAUGGACAAAAUAUAGACAACUCAAAAAUAGCUAAGAUUCUAAUGCACAUCUACUGGCUUGGCAACUAACAGACUAGCAAUAUCAGAGGGAUAAAAACUGCAGUCGGAUCAGGAUCUGUCCUCUUGGGGCACUGGUGUGACAUUACAGUAUAAGAUGAGUGGUAAUAGUAAUCUGCAAAAAUGGUGAAACAAUAACUUUAAUCACUGACAAAUAGGCAGGCAGUAUGUUUUCGUGUGGCAUUGAGCUUUAAAAUGUUACUGGCAAACCUUUAGUUUUGGACGCACAAAACUUGACCCAGUGGCACUGAUUCACUUUAACCCAUGUUCUCGUUC